UAUGAAAUAUCAGCCAACCGCUACGGCGCUACCGCUAUUUGCCGUCACCUCGAAUCCUUCGAUGCCACCGCUAAUCUGUCCUGUCGCGCAGUACCGCCUACCCAUAGCUCCGUUCAUCCCCGCCAUGGCCACGGCCUCUACCACCGCCACCAACGGAUCAAACACAUCCUUCCCUCGCCGCAUAGUAAUAUGCGGCGGCGGAGUCAUCGGCGUCUGCACCGCCUACUUCCUUGCUUCCAAGGGCACCACCAGGGUCUCCGUCACCGUCGUCGAGAGAUCCUCCAUCGCUUGCGCCGCCUCCGGCAAGGCCGGCGGUUUUCUAGCCCUCGAUUGGUGUGACGGCACUCCCGUCGCUGAUCUGGCCCGUGCCAGCUUCCUUCUCCACCGAUCCCUUGCUGAUCUCCUCGACGGCCCCAGCGCCUACGGAUACCGGGCCCUAACGACUCUCUCACUCCCACUCUCCGCAUCCGGCGCGGCUAGAUCGCGAGCGCCAGCGCUUCCCUCCUGGAUUGAUGGCUCCGGCGUCGCACGGCCGCGGACGAUCGGAACCCUAGAGACGACAGCGCAAGUUCAUCCCCAGCUAUUCACGAAAGCAGUUUUGUCGUUGGCUACGGCGGAUUAUGGAGUUCAGGUGGUGUUUGGAGAGGUGCAGAAUGUUGAAGCCGAGGGAACCGGUGUUCGGCUUCGAGAUGGGAGGAUCUUGCCGGCGGAUGUGGUGGUGAUUGCGCUUGGACCGUGGUCGACUCGCUUGCAGAUAAUUUCCGACCUCUUCCAUGUCUCUGGCCUCAAGGCGCAUAGCAUCGUGCUCCGGCCGCAGGAGCCUGCUGUCAUUAGCCCCCAUGCGCUCUUCCUCAGCUACCAGCCUUCUCCCGGAGGCAAGACCCUGGACCCGGAGGUCUACCCUAGACCCUCAGGAGAAGUUUACAUAUGCGGGCUAUCAAAGGAGGCUACUCCACCUGACAAUCCAGAGGAUAUUGUGGGCGAGCCAGAGUCAAUCGCAAUGCUGCAUCAGAUUGCUGGCAGAGUGUCGAGCCACCUGAAAGCUGGCGUUGCGGAGACUCUGGCAGAGCAGGCUUGUUUCUUGCCUUGCACCGUUGAUAGCUUGCCGGUCAUUGGGGAGAUUCCUGGUGCCAAGAACUGCUACGUUGCCACCGGCCACAGCUGCUGGGGUAUUCUCAACGCUCCGGCCACUGGAGCGGCCCUUGCCGAGCUUAUUUUAGAAGGGAGGUCUACAACAGUGAAUCUGGAUCCCUUCAGCCCCGCGAGAUUUCUCCGCUGAAAGUUUUUAAGGUGGAACUAAUUGUUAGCCUAGAACAAGC